UAAUCAGUAACGGAUUAAUAACGGAUAUUAUAUUAAACACAAUAAUAGUAACGGAUUAGCUCAUCCGUUAUAAAUCCGUUACUAAAUUCUGUAACGGAUUUAUAUCCGUUACAGAAUUGGUUAAAUUUACCCAAAAUUAGUAACGGAUGAACACAUCCGUGACUAAAUGGUUCUGUAAUCGGUCAUUUAGUAACGGAUAUGUUAUCCGUUACAGAAGUUAAAUUUAGUAACGGAUGUGUCCGUUACUAAAUUUAAAAUCCCUAACAUUAGAAAGCCCGAAAUUUCCCUUUCUCAGUUUACUUUCCCUUAUUUCCCUCACUUGCACGAAGUUCUCCAAAAUCUCUGCCCUUCAGCUAUCAUCGCCUUCACAGUUGCCGCCUUCGAUCACCGUUGCCGCCUUCGAUCACUGUUGCCGCCUUCGAUCACCGUUGCCGCCUUCGAUCACCGUUGCCGCCUUCGAUAACUGUUGCCGCCUUCGAUCACUGUUGCCGCCUUCGAUCACAGUUGCCGCCUUCACUGUUGCCGCCUUCACCGUUGCCGCCUUCACCGUUGCCGCCUUCACCGACUGUCAAUUGCUAUUGCCAAGGAUGAGAGGACGAGGACGCGGAUCUUCAUCACGGGGUCGAGGAGACCAUGGCAGGGGUAGUGUCCACACAACUGAAUCAGAAAAUGUCAAUCAAGAUUUGGUACAACACAAUGCUUUGAUUCCUAGACCAGACCAGGGUGAGAGAUCCACACCGGGUGCUGCAUCAUCCACUCCUGCUUCAGUGCACACAUCUGCUACUGCCUCAGCACCCAUAGGUUUGCCACCUAUUGCAUCUACGGCUACAUCUGCAUCUGCUUCUGGUAGUUGUGCACCUACAGGGCUCAGACCACAUAUUCACUUAGUAAAUUCAGUCAUGCAGCCUUCUGAUCCGAUUGCUAGGCGGAUUACCUUGAUCUUCAAGGAAAAGUUAGUAGCAGAUGGCUUUUGUUGGAAGAAUGUACCAGAAGAGGUUAAAGAAUUCUAUUGGCAAGAAUUUAAGAAACACUUCUUAUGGGAGGAGGCAAUAGAACAACUGAUGAAGAUAGCUUGGAGGAAGAAAGCUGCCGAGCGAUAUCGUAGCCUUAUGUGUAGCGUAAGGAAUGGGAAGGAGAAGAGACUAUCACUGACAGAAGGAGUAAUGGAUGCAUGGCAAUCCGCUUGGGGAGCAACUGAGUAUAAAGAGAAAUGCAAAAAAUUCUCAAAUAACAGAAAGAGUGAAACAGGUGGGCAAGGCGCUGGCCCAUCAAGACAUUGUGGAGGAUCCAUAUCUCAGUAUAGGCAUCAACAACAGAUGCGCGAAAGACUAGGCAGAGAUCCUCUAUCUCAUGAGUUAUUUGAGGCUACGCAUAAGAAGAAGGGUUCCUCAGAGUUUGUUGAUGCACGCUCAAAGUCCAUUCAUGAUCGCUUUCUGACUUUGAAAGAGCAAGCAUCACAGACAGAUAAUGACAGUAGUCAGGCAUCCCGCAUUGAUGAGGCUCAGUUAUACUUUGAGGCAGUAGGUGGAGAGAAAAAAAGAAGGGUGUAUGGUCUUGGAUCACAGGCUUCAGUUUUCUUCCCAAACAAGACUUCUGCUAAUACAUCCUUCACAUCAGCUCAGCAAAAUCAGGAUCUUCAAGAUGAAAUGGCUGAUCUCAGACGCAAGCUACAGGAGCGUGAGGAUAAUGAACAAGCAUUGAUUGAGCAAAAUGUACGGAUUACCUCUGAGCUCUCACAGGUGAAGGAUUUACUUAUGCAGCUUGUGAGUGAAAGACAAGGCAACCAGCCUUCAGCUCCCGGUGAGGGAACUUCUGCACAGCCUGCACAGCCUCCUGAACAAGCAGAUGAAACUAAUGAUGAGGACGAGGACGAGAACGAGAACACUACACAAUUAUAGUUUCUUUUUUCAUUACACAUAUGU